GCCAAAGGAUAUUAUGGGGCCUUAAUCUGGCGGAUUGAGACUAAUCAGAAUUAUAAUGUAAUUAUGAAUAAGCAACUCUGUUAACGAUGUCUUGGUGACUGAGUUCAUGAUUGAUCACCUCCGGCUCCAGGCUCCAACAAGAAGCCCCUCACCAGCCGAGCUAGCUAGCUGCCAAAAACCCAUUCAACAGUCGGUCACAGUGACGCUCGUACUCAUCCAUUUAUGCAUACACGUCUAUAGAAGCUACGAGGCCUAGGGUUUUGUUUCUGCCGACGACAUUCAUUCAAGUUUAUCUCUACACCGUCAUGUAUUUUCCCUCCUGCUGCUCUUCAUCGUCGACCUCGUCCUCCGUUCUCAGAGCUUGCAGAGUGCGCUUCGCUUCCACUCUCUCUUCUUCGGUACCCGUUCGUUUUCCUCUCCCUGUCGCGCGUCUCCGCGUACGUGUAGCGGCAGCCGCCUGCCGAUCGGUGUGCCUCUCCCCGGCGUUUCGGUGUUCGGCUCCGCGGUGGAGUUACGGUGUUGACUGGCGAUCGCCGGUUAGGGUUAGAGCUCAGAUAAGGAGCGCUUCUCCUGUUCUCGAACGGUUCGAGAGGAAGAUUGCUACUAUGGCCUCGGAGCAUCCUUUCAAGGAAAUUUUAACUGGUCUUUCCAAGCCUGGAGGAGGUGAAUUUGGAAAAUUUUAUAGCCUUCCUGCUCUGAAUGAUCCUAGAAUUGACAAGCUUCCAUAUUCGAUCAGGAUACUUCUAGAAUCAGCUAUACGAAACUGUGAUAAUUUCCAGGUCACAAAAGAGGAUGUGGAAAAGAUCAUUGACUGGGAAAAUUCUGCUCCUAAGCAAGUUGAGAUACCGUUUAAGCCAGCUCGCGUUCUGUUACAGGAUUUUACUGGAGUUCCAGCAGUGGUUGACCUUGCUUCUAUGCGGGAAGCAAUUAAGGAUCUUGACAGUGAUCCAGACAAGAUUAAUCCAUUGGUUCCUGUGGACCUUGUCAUCGACCACUCUGUACAAGUUGACGUGGCCAGAUCAGAAAAUGCCGUGCAGGCUAACAUGGACCUUGAAUUCAAGAGAAACAAGGAGAGGUUUGCUUUUCUUAAAUGGGGAUCCACGGCCUUCCGCAAUAUGCUUGUCGUUCCUCCUGGUUCUGGUAUUGUCCAUCAGGUGAAUCUGGAAUAUCUUGGACGGGUUGUUUUCAAUACCGAGGGCAUUUUGUACCCUGAUAGUGUUGUUGGAACUGACUCCCAUACAACCAUGAUUGAUGGAUUGGGUGUUGCUGGAUGGGGAGUUGGAGGGAUUGAAGCAGAGGCAGCAAUGCUUGGUCAGCCAAUGAGCAUGGUUCUUCCUGGUGUUGUUGGUUUUAAGUUGUCUGGCAAAUUACGCGAUGGAGUCACUGCAACUGAUUUGGUACUAACUGUGACCCAAAUGCUCAGAAAGCAUGGUGUCGUGGGAAAGUUUGUUGAGUUUUAUGGUGAAGGCAUGGGUCAGCUAUCAUUGGCUGAUAGAGCAACUAUUGCAAAUAUGUCUCCUGAGUAUGGAGCAACCAUGGGGUUCUUCCCCGUGGAUCAUGUCACACUACAAUACCUGAAAUUGACUGGAAGAAGCGACGAGACGGUAGCAAUGAUCGAGGCGUAUUUACGUGCAAACAAUAUGUUUGUAGAUUACAACGAGCCUCAACAAGAGAGAGUAUAUUCAUCUUAUUUGGAGCUGGAUCUUGGUGAUGUUGAACCCUGUGUUUCAGGACCUAAAAGGCCUCAUGAUCGGGUUCCUCUGAGAGAUAUGAAGGCUGAUUGGCAUUCUUCUCUGGACAGUAAAGUUGGCUUCAAGGGUUUUGCUGUACCAAAAGAAGAACAGGACAAAGUUGUGAAGUUUUCAUUCCAUGGGCAGCCUGCAGAACUUAAGCACGGGAGUGUUGUUAUAGCAGCAAUCACAAGUUGCACAAACACAUCAAACCCAAGUGUGAUGCUUGGAGCUGGUCUUGUUGCAAAGAAAGCGUGUGAGUUGGGUUUAGAGGUGAAACCCUGGGUAAAAACUAGUCUUGCCCCAGGUUCUGGUGUUGUAACAAAAUAUUUGCUCCAGAGUGGACUGCAAAAGUACUUGAACCAGCAAGGCUUUCAUAUUGUUGGCUAUGGUUGCACAACUUGUAUUGGUAAUUCCGGAGAUCUUGAAGAAUCAGUUGCUUCUGCUAUAGCUGACAAUGACCUCAUUGCUGCUGCUGUACUUUCUGGAAAUAGGAACUUUGAAGGACGUGUUCAUCCUCUGACCAGAGCAAACUAUCUUGCUUCACCUCCAUUGGUUGUGGCAUAUGCACUAGCUGGCACGGUUGACAUUGAUUUUGAGAAAGAACCCCUUGGCACUGGGAAAGAUGGAAAACAUGUUUAUUUCAAGGAUAUCUGGCCUACCAGUGAAGAGAUUGCAGAGGUUGUUCAAUCUAGUGUGCUUCCUGAAAUGUUUAAGAGCACUUAUGAAGCCAUCACAAAGGGCAAUACAUUCUGGAAUCAGUUAUCGCUACCAUCAUCAAGUCUUUAUGCAUGGGACCCAAAGUCGACAUACAUCCACAAGCCUCCAUAUUUCAGUGGCAUGACUAUGGAUCCACCUGGUCCCCGUGGUGUGAAGGAUGCUUAUUGCUUGCUCUUGUUUGGAGAUAGCAUCACGACAGAUCACAUCUCUCCGGCUGGAAGCAUCCACAAGGAUAGCCCUGCUGCAAAGUACUUGAUGGAGCGUGGGGUUGACAGGAAGGAUUUUAAUUCUUAUGGCAGCCGUCGUGGCAAUGAUGAGGUGAUGGCUAGGGGAACCUUUGCCAAUAUUCGAAUAGUUAACAAACUAUUAAAUGGAGAAGUGGGCCCAAAGACCAUUCACAUUCCGACAGGGGAGAAACUUUAUGUGUAUGAUGCUGCAAUGAGAUACAAGUCAGCUGGGCAGGAUACUAUUGUUCUGGCUGGAGCAGAAUAUGGAAGUGGUAGUUCUCGAGAUUGGGCUGCCAAGGGACCAAUGCUACAGGGUGUAAAAGCAGUGAUUGCCAAAAGUUUCGAGAGGAUUCACCGGAGUAACUUGGUAGGAAUGGGUAUUAUUCCACUUUGCUUCAAGCCUGGUGAGGAUGCAGACACACUUGGUCUGACAGGUCAUGAGCGCUACACGAUAGACCUGCCAACAAAAAUAAGCGAUAUAAGGCCUGGCCAGGAUAUUACCGUGACAACAGACAAUGGCAAAUCUUUUACAUGUACCCUGCGUUUUGACACAGAGGUUGAACUGGCAUACUUCGACCAUGGAGGCAUCCUUCAAUACGUCAUUCGGAACUUAACCAAACAGUGAAUCUAGCAAUGAAUGAUUGGCUUUUCGUGGAACUCUGCUUUGUGAUCUUGCAGACAUCUCCCAUAUGGUGAUACAUGUUUCCUUGUAGGGUAAUGCAGGAAAAUGAAGCUUCUCAUUGUGGAACAGGUAGCAAUGUGCAAUGUUUCUCCAUGAAAGUUCUCUGUUAUUAUGGACGUUUGUCCAUUGUAAGUGAAAGUUUCAAUGUAACUGUAGUUUUUGUCAAGUGGAACCAGAAUAUUCAUAUACGUACUCCAGAACUCCAUCCCCUUGGGCGUUGUGUGCUCCUUUUUAUGAAUAAUUCAUGCUAUUGUCUGAGCAUUGAGAUGGCAAGACUUGAUUAUCGUCAUAUUUCUGCCGGCGCGCACGUAAGAGGAAAGAUGUAUGUUGUUAGUGUAGCAACGGUGUCAAAUAGCGUAUGCCGAUGCGGGGUUAUCAAUGUUAACGAAUGGUGGGAAUGUUUGAUAUGGUGUUUGGCGUAGCAGUAAGUUCUUGAAAUAUUACACGACUUUGAUAAUUAUUUUAAAGAAUAAUUACAUUUUUCUUUUCUAA